ACACGUCGGCGCCAUUCGAAACUGCGGGGGCUCGGAUGAAUCUGAACCAGGGCCCUGUGAGCAUGUCCCUCCCUUAUGCAGCUUUGGAGACGACCGUAAUUCGGAUUUAUUCGAGACACACGGACGAAGGACUUCAACUGGCAGGCGUUGAGGGUUGUCGACUUCUGACGACUUACAAGGACGAUUCUGCCGACGACCGGAUUGAUCCGACACUCAGCGACGUGGGGAUGGAGCAACCAGUUAAGCCGGCAUACAACGACCCCUUGUACUCUGGCCUUCACGACGACGCGAUAGGAGAGGACGUUCUGAAGAAGUCCUCUGACGCUGUUGGAGAUAGAUUUCUCUAUUUAAGUGACGACGAUAAAGACACAGCGCACAAGGACAAUAAGUUAAGGGGGGGAGAGGUGUUGUUGUACAUCCAUGGGACCUUGAUCACAACACAAUAUGACACAGUGGCAAUGGAGAAAACCCAACCUGUCGAUGUUGUGGACAUCGACGCUCUUUGUCAGGAGACCGACAAACUAAAAUUGCCCGUCGUGGACGCGGAGGAUUUCCGCUAUCGGGAUAGGGAUGAAUUUAUGCUGUCUCCAGUCAUCGACGCGGACAUCUCGAACCUGUCCAGGUUCCCUGUGGGUUUGGAGCACGUCGUCGCCGCGUCGACGCGCACAGGGGCGCCAAUCGUGCUGGGACUGCCAUCGGUGGGCUCUGGUGACGUGGAAUCUAAUCCUGGGUUUCCUCGAGAUGGAAGAGCAGUCCUUGAAGACSUUAUMUGCUCCCGRUUGCCGCUCACUAUCAUCGUCGCGCGUUUGCCGUCGCACAAUUUACAGGUAUCCAUCAAGGACAUCGUCGCACUCGUGGAUGGAUCCGGGGAGCUCAACGAUGAGGUCGUCAAUUUCUACAUGGCGAUGCUACUGGAUGACUACAGCCGGACUGUUGCUACCAAGAAGACGUACACCUUUAACUCUUUCUUCGCCUCUACACUGCUUCUGCGAGGUCCGGCAACUGUUAGCAGAUGGGCUAAAGAUGUCGACCUCCUGUCUCAUGAUCUCGUCUUGGCACCAGUGCACGAGGACGGCAAACACUGAAGCCUUUUGGCGAUUGACUUCUUUAGACGUGUUUUGGAAAUCUAUGAUUCUUUCUCGUGUUUGUCAUCCAAAGAUUCCUUCGACUCCGAACUUUUAGAUAAAACUGUUAAUUUUUU